UUUUCUAUUGUAGUGACUGAUAUAGAUUUCGAUGAUAUUAAUUUGGAGAGAUCUUACGGGCCGAACAGAAGUUAUGCACAAUCCAAAUUGGCGAACAUUUUGUUCACCAAGGAACUCGCUCGUAAAUUAAAAGAGGCAGAUAUUCAUGGAAUAAACACAUAUUCUUUACAUCCUGGUAUGAUUCCGACCAGACUAUUCCGGUAUUGGUAUAGGGCAUUAUUUUCAGGUUUUACUUUCUGUUGUAAUAUGUUUACGCAUUUGUUUUAUAAAAAUGCUGAACAAGGAGCGCAAACAACAAUAUAUUGUUCCGUAGAUGAAAAGAUAGCCAAUGAGACCGGACUUUAUUAUUCGAAUUGCGGUGUUACCACUCCAUAUCGGAAGGCAAACAAACAUCAAUACCCGAAAAAAUUGUGGAAUGUAUCCUGUCGUCUUUUACAUCUGGAUCCAGAAAAAGAUUUUACUACAAUUUUAGAAACCGUUUCACGUCAAAUGGAUUGAAAAAGUCCUUUAUUCUCAAGAGAAUCGUUAAGAAAAUUUAUAAUAAAUAGUGUUUAUAUUUAUUUAAUCUUUAAUUCAUACAAUGUUUAAUA